GACGGGGUCUGGCGAGGCUUUGUCGGUCAGGUGGGCGACCCUGGUACCAACAUCGGCCACCUGGCUGCUUUACCAGCACAAUUGAUUUCAGCGGCCUGCUCCCAUGCUACCAUGCCUGACGGGAGCGCCUUUGUCCCCAUUCAUGCCUCUCAGGUGGGGCUAGUUUGGCGGGUGGCAAGGAAGCAUGUGUUUUUAGCCAAUGGCGGUUUGGAGGCAGACUUCCAAGACGUCGAACCUUGGGACUUCGUGCGGAAUCCUGGACAAGCAGCAGCACCAGCAAGUCCACCAAAGGCAUCAACAGUCAAGGAGAACGUUUUGAAGAUGGCCAGCCUAGUGGAUCAGACGGAUGAAUCUGAGCUGUUGCCGGCUAGCAUGGACAAGGUGCAGGAGUGGACGCAGAGGUACAUCACGUUGAUGGGAGCACCUCCAGAAGAGGAGGAGGAGGCGACAGAUGCCCAGCUUGCAGCACUCCACAAACGGACUGUGUUGCUGGGACACCCUCCUUACGUGGAUUUCUCAGUUUGGACGCCGUUCGGAAGACGUUCACUUAGGUCCCAAAAGUUCAGGACUUAUGUACCCCUUGGUGAUGGCUCCUACAUCAUCAAGGAGCUGCCAGGCCCACAGAAUUUGACUCAGUGGAUGGCGUGCUGGAGGGUUUUCAAAGUGGCGGCAUUGGCACUGGGCAUAGUCAGCCUGGCAGCGUUGCAACAGUACGAGAAGGCCAUUGAGAAGCUGACAUUGCAAUGGCCGUUGGCUUGGGGCUUGAUAGUUUUGGCAGAUGAUAAAGGUCGUGCCGAACGCUUGGAGAAGAUCAGGCGCAAUGUCAUGAUCGACCAGCAGGCGGGCAGGGUGCUACCUUUGGAUUGGGACGAACAAAACCCUUGGUCAGCCUGCUUCAAGUUGCUGGCCAAGGACGAGCAAUAUUGGUCAGAACAAGUGAGGCAUCCUGCAGCAGCAUGGACGGCGGCAGGGAGUCACGGAGUACCUGUAGCGCCGGCUGAAGCCAUAGCUGCAACUCAUGUGGUUGGGGGCUCUGACGUUUUGCAGGCGCCCAAGGAAGAAAAGGAUGAGAGGAGACGCCAAGCAAACAGAGACAAGCGGUCAGCUCGUAAAAAGAGACAAUGGGAAGAUCGAGAAGAGCUGCGCAAGUUGAAGAGCCAGAGAUCAGACUCGGACAAGGGUCAGGGCAAAGGACAGAACCAAGGCAAGGGGAAGUCGAAAGAUAAAACAGGAGCAGAAAUAUGCUUCUCAUGGGCGCAGGCCAAAGGCACGUGCGCUGAUGUACCCGUAGGGAUGGAGGAGGACAACGUAGACUGGGACCCUGAUGACGUCAGUGUCAUCCAGGGCGAAUGGCAUCCUCAGGCGCUUGAGCUGCUGCGGUCGACGGGAGACUUCGCAAAGUAUAAGGAGUCCCGAACCUUCAGGUUUGUGCACUUGUUCAGCGGGGCCAGGGACGUGCUGAAGCCGGCGUUGGAGAAGGCAGCAUCCAAGGAGGGGUUGCGCAUCAAGGUGGAGUCCUACGACAGGGACGGGCCGCAGAAGCAGAACCUGGCAGAGGACAGGCCGUACAUGGACCUGCUGGAGACGGUCGACACCAUUGAUGGAAUGCACGCCGGGUUUCCAUGCGGAAGCUUCAGCAUGGUGCGCAACAGGCCAGGGGGCCCACCGCCGGUAAGGAGCCGGGAGUUUCCCUAUGGCCUCCCGACGAACGAUGUCUUGCAGCAGAAGGAGGCUGACACCGGCACAGUUCUGGCAGUUCGGUCAUCUAUGUUGGCCUCCAAGGUGUUGGACAACCACCGCAAGAGGAAGGUGGGCGAGGUGGCAACAUUAGAAAAUCCACCGGGCUCAGAAGCCGGCCAAGACUGCCCUGCAUGGCUUCUUCCAGAAAUCGUGGACUUCCUGAAGGUUUAUCAAGCACAAAAUGCAUUUUUCAACUCAUGCAUUUACAUGCAGGGCAGGCACCGAUGGCUCAAGCCAGCACGUUGGUCAGGCCGACUGCAGGACCUUGAAGAGCUGGCGGGAAAGUGCGCCUGUCCAUCAUGGGUGGUCCACGAGAUUCUGAGGGGCAAGGACAAGACAUCAGCUGCAGCAGAAUACCCGGCAGCUCUGGCGGAGCGCUAUGCCAACUUGGUCAUCAAGGUCUUCAAGCAGAACCUGCAGUUGGAGUUCUGGAGGUACAAGCUGCAGACCAAGGAAGGCGAGGUGAACAAGCUGCAGAAGAACUGGGUGAAAAGUAGGGAGGCUAGAACGCCACCUCCCCCCAGCACGGAAGGAAUGGCAUCGUCAUCGAAAAGAGCCUGGCAGGUCGGGGACAUAUCCAAGGACUUGAUUCCCCGGCCAGAUCUGAUGUCCAAGAGCAUUCCGCACUACGCCUCCAAGUGGGGGAUGCGGGCUUGGAUGCAGCGCUGUCUGCAGCGCGGCUCUGGGUACGGAGAAACCUGGGCUGAUUUCGCUUCGAUCUCAGCCCCAUGGAAUCCGUCCACUGAACUUUGUGGACAGAAAGCACCGCCUGAUCUCGAAAUGACCUCGGGCCUUUGGAAAAGCAUUAGUUUCUCUACCGGCCUUCCUGGUAUGGCAAAGACGCAUAUCAAAGGCCCCCCAGAACACCUCGACGUCACCAGUGGGCAAGCCAUGUCGGCUGCCUGUCGACGUCGUGUGCGCUGUCACUCCGCCGUGCCGCUGCUUGUUGCUCCGCGGCGCUGGGAGAGGCUGCGCUUGCGUAUAGAUGGAGCACGUGAGAUUUUGAUUUCGAGGCUGCAGCAGUUUCUUGCAGGAAUUGAUGCCUGGCUUUUGCAGUCGCCUCUGGAUCCCAAAACUACCAAUCUUCAGAAAUAUCAGCCUGAUCCCAAAGUCUCCAUCCGGGUCUGCGCUCCUGCUCAGUAUCGAGAGGCCUUUUUGCCACAAGGGGAAUGGGACAAAGCGAAGUCCAUUUUGACCGAAAUGGCCAACUGGAAAGUGACGCCCGUGUCAACCCUUGUCGGCGGAACAUGGCAAUGGAAAAAAGUAGGCAAGUGCCAUACUCUUGUCGGCCACCUUCGUGUGAGCCCUAAGGUGGCUGCUGCUCUCGAAUCUCAAAGCGGAAAGCGGGCGAUUUUUGUCACAGCUACUGGGGUUGGGCGACGUCCUGAAAAGGUCAGAUGGCUGCUCAAAGCGGCUUCCAUGACUUGUGAUAAUUAUCUCCGGCAAAGCAUGAAUGAGGCCAUUGCUCGUGGCCAAUCCUUGAAAUUUCGGAUGGGUGGAGGUUCGGAUAUUGGCAUUCUGUAUCUUCCCACUGAUAGCAUACCCAAAAAGAAUAUCCACGUUCAUAUUGACGGUGUCCCGAGAAGUUGGGACGCCACGCAUGUCACGACUUUCAUGGAAGAACAAGGGUGGGAACAAGUUGUGCCCAUCACCUGGAGAAAUUUCCGUCGCCAGGUCAAAUGGAUCUUGAAAGCUCAGCCUCCUGAUGAUCCUUAUGAUCCAACCAAUUCCAAUUGCACUUGGCAUUAUGUGGACGAUGUUGACCAAAGUUUAGAAAUCCAUGUCACUAAGGCGGAGGGUCGGUUUCCUAAGCCUCAGCAUGUGCUGCCUGCCACUCCUCCAAAGCGCAGGUUCGAAACACAGAAACGAGCUCAUGAGGAUCAUGAAGUUCUUGAUACACAGAUUGAUGAACCUGAAAACAGUGAAGAAGAUGAAGAGGCCGUUGAGGGUGAUGGCAACGGCCAAGAGAAAGAACGCCCCAGAAGCCGAAGCCCAGCUAGGGUUAAGCCGAAAAAGUUGGACUUCAAAGAAACCACGGAAAUGAUCAAACCGGAAUGGGAUGAAAUUGCUGAUCUUAUCAACAACAAAGGUUUUGAAGAAGUUGAUUUUGGGGGAAACGGAGAUUGCGGAUUCAGGGCCAUUGGCUGCGCCUUGGAUUACUACAAAGAUCCUACCCAAGUCAGGACGCCAGAACAAUGCCAACGUGCUGGCGCCAAACUCAGAAGUCAGGUGGUGACCCACUGCCGCAAACAUGAAAAGAGCUUCCUUCCCUUUUUCGCUCCUGAUCCUGAAACUGCUAACGAGGAUCCUACUUUGCAAUCACAAUCCUCGUUUCAAGAUUGGCUCGAUGCUAUGGGUCGACCUCGAACCUGGAUUGAUGGGAUCGCACUGAGGGCCCUGUCCAUCAAAACGGGUCAUGUGAUUGUAAUUUGGAAGAAGGAAAACAAGAAGGCGCCGUGGCGGCGUACCACGUUGGCUCCUACCUUUGACCAAGGAUGGGCCAAAGCUGCUAAGGGAACCCAGCCAAUUGCUGUCCUUUUGAAGGAUGAUCACUACACUUGGCUCAAACCUCCACAAAAAGAGACCGCUUCCAAGCAACGCUCCAAAGGUAAAAAAAAGAGUCCUUUGAAGCGACUCAAACAGAUGAGUCGAAGUCACACCACCAAGGACGACAGGGCACCUAGUACUCAGGUUGCGUCCGGGGACCCGGCCGCUAUCACCAAGGUUCAGUGCCCGCAUUGGAGUCAGGCCCAUGCCUGGCUUCAGUCAAUUUGCCAGGGUGUGCCGGACCAAGACUUGACUCCGGAUUCACUCGGAACGCUCCAAGGUUGUUUGCUUGCUUGCAGUGCUGUCACUCGUGCGGUCCAUGCUGCAAUGGAAAAAGUGUCUGAUCCUGAUUUUGCCCCUACGGCAUUGACAGUUGAAGAGGACGCCGAAAGACUGGAAACUCCAGACGAACCUUCUCCUCGGAAAAUCGCCAAAAAACGAACCAAACAGAUCCCCAAGAAUGCGGCGGAAGAACAAGCCUUGUUUGAGAGAUAUUCUUGGAAGUGUGCGGGCUGGGGUUGCCAUGGCUUCCGUCUAGUCAGUUGCAAAGAAGCAGAGAUGCUCACCUUGCAAGCUGUGCUCCUGACCUCACCCCCGAACAAAAUCGCAUCAUUUUGCGUAAUGGCACCGCUGCUGUUGACAUCAACUACCGGGUGGCAACGCGGAAAAAAACAGGUUGGCAUUCUGCUGAGUGGCGUAAAGAAAGAAUUCAAAAAGCCAAGUCUCAAGGCUAAACUUCCGAACCCUGGCAGCAAAGCUUGGUUCAAAAAUCUGCCUGCUGAUACGGGUCAGCAGCAGAAACCAGUCUCCAAGGCCAAAAAUUGGCAACGGGAUUUGUGUGAUGAGGGCGUUGAAUUCGAUGUGGUUUGUCUUCAGGAAGCCAACAUGUCUGAUGUCGAAAUUAAGGUCUUGGCAGCUGCUGCUUGGAAAUCAGGCGUUCAGGUCGGUCACAUGUGGGUGGGCAACGUGUAUUGUGCCCAUCAUCCUGAAAGAGAAGCUUUCAUGACGGAAGCUUUCCAGCUGUGUCACUCAUGGUCCCCGAAUGUUUGGACUCUUGUGGGUGAUUUCAAUGACACCCCUGAGGAAUCGCCUUUGGCCUUUGGCCUUACCUCUUCAGGUUACAGCUCUUGUUUGCCACCUCCUGGGGUUAGCAGUAGAUGGGAAAGCCAACGGGUCAUCGAUUUUGCGAUUUGCAACGGUAUUAUCUUGGACUCCACUUUGAAGAUGUGCCCCGAACGUUACAGUGAUCACAAAGCUUUUUACUUUGACGUCAAAGCUGAAGGUGCAGAUGGGGCUCUUACUAAGGUUGUGAUGGUUCCAGCAAACGUGUAUUUGCCUCAAGAUACCGACCGAGGUAUCGAUUGGACAGAACGCCUGGCGGAUGCCUGGCAGCAAAAUAGACAAGUUUGGCAGGAAUUUAAAGUGAAAGCUGAACAAGAAAUCCGCGAAGCCGACAACAUGUCAGAAGCGGUCAAACAGCAUAAAAGUGACCGAAUUUGGGACCACCUGAAUUUGUUACUCGAAACGUUUCUUCAGAAACAGGCUCAGUGGGCUCAGGAACAUGAGUUGCCCAUGCGGCCCUACAGAAAAGCUAAACGGGCCAAGGGGUCCAUCCCCACUUUUCGUCAUGUCCCUUUGGUCAUCCACCAACCCCACGCUCCGAAUGCCUCAAAUCAGCUUCGCACCUGGAUGCGGUUGUGGGGAAGGCUCAGUGAGGCCGAGAGAAGACAGCAUCAUGACAACACUGUUGAGAAUUCUAAGGAUCUUCAAAAGCUUUGGAAGCGCAUCCGCAGAUGCCCUCUGUACCAAGCAGGAAUGACUGCCAAGGAUGCCGAAACUGAGGUUCAGCGUCAAACCGAGGCGAGCCGGCAGAGCAGACUUAGCAAUUGGAAGGUUCGCUUGCAGCAAGAUAACGCUCAGGUCUUUCGAUGGGUGCGGUCCUCCGAAUCGGCGCCCACUGUUACCUUGUAUGACGACGAAGUCGAUCCUGACGACCCAGCUAGCAUGGACAGCUCUGGUGCCUUGGUCAAAAUCGAAUCCUUUUGGCAGAGAGUUUGGAACCGUGACAAUAGCGAUGCUUGGACUCCGCAGCAAUAUCUUCGUGAAUAUGGCGGGGCCCCUGAAGUCGAAGAAAAUUGGAGCCCUGUUUCUGCACAGGCUCUUAGUGCCUCGGCUGCUAGACAAAGGCACCGAGCCGGGGGCCCUGACGGCUGGACUGGCAGCGAAAUGGCAGCUUGGCCGUACAACAUGUGGGCUGACCUGGAAUUUGUGUUUCAAGCCUGGGAGCAACUGGGAUGUUUCCCAAAGUGCUGGCACUUCAUGACACAGGUGAUGCUCCCCAAAGGAAACGGUCAAAGGCUCUCUGACAGCGCCACCCCGACCAGCAAACUUCGACCAAUAAGCCUCAUGUCGUGUUGGUGGAGAAUUUAUGUGAGUGCCCGCUUAGAUGGGGACAUCGAAAGACGUUGGUUGGAAUCGCAUUUGUUGACUACCCAGGCUGGAGGUAGGCAGCCUACCAAGCGUCAAGAUAUGAUGCAGUUAGAAGAGCUGUGCAAUGGAGUGACUGAAAACCUUUUUGCCUUAGGCGCUGCUAUGGGUUUUGGGUCCAUGCUGCCUAAGGAACAAGGCCGCAUUGAAAAGGCAAUGGCUUGUGCUGCUAAGGUUCGUUUGGCUCCUAUCUCAGCAGCUCGAAGAUCGUUUGUUGGCGCACUUGCCGCAGGUAGCAAAGCAACUUACGGGUGGUUGGUCCGUGCUCCCCCUGGAACCGGGCUCAUGUCUAAGUUGGAAACUCGUCUCCGAAGGGUGGGCUACUGCCAUCGCAUGUCCUCUCCUGCGCUCAUUAGGUUGGUGAUGGGUCACCCAGUGGACAUUCAGUUUCAAUCUGGUGCGGCGCUCAUCGGUGCGGUUCAUCGCACUGUUCGUCGGAUCCGAAGAAUCUUCAGUGAUUGGGACCUCUCUGGAGGUCCGGCUCAGAGAGCCAAGAAAUGGCUUCAGUCUCUUGGAUGGUCAUCUGUGGUGCAGGUACGGUGGCAACUAAGGUGGCAGUGCUUUGCGGGUGGUGGGCCCUCUGCUGCGUGGUGCAGCGGAAUGGUGCGGCUUUGCUGCGCCGAGUGGCCGCUGCCGUUGUCUAUGCUGCUGCAGCAGCGCAAGGAGAAGGAGAACGAGUUCUACCUUGGGGGCAUGCGCAACCCAGAUGUAUCAGUCUCCAAGCUGCACAUGGUGGCCAGCGUGGGCAUGGACAUCAGCAGGGCGUGGAACAGGUUCAUCAAGGACAACCCGAAGGCCUUGGACAUUGCAGUGACUUAUGGGGGGCCUGACUGCAAACCCGACCUGGAGACGGCCAACAAUUGGAGGGCCGCUCUGGAAAAGAUGCUGAAGGCCAAGGAGUUCGAGGACGUCAUCAUCAGGGAGGACUAUGAGUUCCGAACCCCGCUCAACACCAAGUUGCUGGCGGCCUGGCAAAGGGUGACCCGAGACCCGGAGGUGCAUGUGGUCGAUUGGGCGCGUCGUGGGGUGCCCUUGGGCAUGAACAAGCGCAUCGACACUUGUGGCAUCUUUCCAGCAGCCCGGGACGAGUACAUGGAGCAUGGUGAUGCACCGCCCCUCGAGCUGAUGGAGAACACCCGUAACUACACCAGCUUCUACGACCUGAUGGAUGCGGCCAAAGAGGAAAUCGGCCGAUAUGUGGACAAGGGCUUUGCCAUCGUCAAGGACAUGGAUUGGAUCGCUGGCAGAUUCAGCUCAGGCACGGUUUCCAGAAUGGGGCUCAUUCAGAAGGUCAAGGACGAUGGGAGAGUGAAGAACAGGGUGAUAGUUGACAUGCUCCGCUCUGGCGGCAACUCAAGGAGCUCAGUGCCUGAGAGGUUGAUCCUUCCCCGCGUUCAGGACGUGCUGCAGGGCGCAAGGAGGCUGUAUUCAUUCCAGGACGACCUGAAGGCAUUGGCAGAACGAGAAGGGUGGAUGCCAGAGAAGGAGGCUGACCUCCACAAGUGGGAAUUGGUGGGAGCAGAUUUGGCAGACGCCUUCUGCCAUUUUCCGGUGGACAGAGACGAACUGUCAAAUUGCAUCUGCCCCGGGCUGGAACCAGGCCAAUUCAUCUUGUACACGGCGCUGCUCUUCGGCUUCAAGGCAGCCCCACUUCUCAUGGCCAGGUUGGCGGCAAUGUUCACGCGCUUCCUGCAGAGCCUCUUGGCAAAGGGCGAGGGCGUCAUUCAGACCUACAUGGAUGACCCGCUGAUCUUGUUGGCGGGAACGGACGCCAGGAGAAACCGCACCCUGGCCUUGCUGCUCUACAGCAUGUGGGCGCUGGGCAUCAACAUCGCCUAUCACAAAGGCGAACGAGGGCUUCGAGUGACAUGGAUUGGUGUCGUCUUCGAGCUGGACUUGGAGCGGGAGGUGCUCAAGCUGACGGUGUCCCGCAAAAUGGCGAACGAGCUUCAUGAGUGGGCCGUUUCCAUCCUCUACGCCGUGGUGGCUGCAGCCGAAAAAGACGCAAGAGACGGCACGGAGGAAGCAAGGGCGGCCAACAGGCCAUCGGAUCAGAGGCCAAAGCCCUUCCUGGUCCCUGCCGCCCGGGUCAAGUUACCACGCCAAUGGCUCGUGACGUUCCUGGAGCGGGCCGAGCAGUUUAUGCUGCGCACGGAGGCGUUCUACCCCAUGCACCCGGACCUGGCCAUCAUCACUGACGCUUCUCCCCAAGGUGUAGGAGCAAUCCUCUGCUACGUCAACUUGGGCCGUGGGGAACUCAUCCCAUGGGCAGCAAUGGAAGCCCCAGUGCGCAAGGAAGACACGGACUGGCUGGGACUGGAGUUUGGUGAGGCCUCUUCACAAGGGGCCCUCGAAGCAUGGGCAGUGCUGCUGGCGGUGCGCAUGUGGAAGACUCGCCUGCGGCAAGUGCCACUGCUCAUCAAGUCUGACUCGACGGUGGCGCUGGCAAUCGCGCAGAAGCUUUCUAGCCCCUCCCCCACAGUCAAUUGGGUAGGGGCUGAGCUGGCGUUGCGCCUCGAGUGGCUGGACGUGCCCAAGCUCAUCGUGCACCACCUGCCGGGGCGCUUCAAUGUAGAGGCAGACUGGCUCUCGCGACCACACGAGCGCCCAGCCGAAGUGCCAUGGGCGUUGCGAGGAGUCAAGAUUCAGAAAUUCGAAGGGGAGGCCAGGCGGCGUUCCCAAGUGCCGCCCCCCGGCGUUGCCCCCCAGAUGUGGGGUGCCAAAUCUGAGACCAUCUUGCAAGCUUUCGAGUUUAUAGGCAUCGAGCUUGCAUGUCCGCAGCCAUUUGGGAAAUCCAGCAACAUGGAGUUGGUAGCUACGGAGUCGCUACCUGCCACGGCCGACAACGACUGGCCAUGGGCGCUCCUUUUCGUGCUGGUGGGUUGGAUGGGCCUUCUAAUGGCCCUAUGCAAGGGCUGCUGCAAGCUCUGCCUGAGGCCGAGAGGGGGACCUGUGGCCAAAGCAAAGGUCAACAACACCAGAAAGGCGCUGCACAUACCCAACUCACAAAGGCAGCCCAGAUCUCGUCAAAGCCAUGGCAUGCAGGGCAAGGCCGAUUAUGUUGGAUAUGGGGAGAGAGGCCUCAAGGCCACCUGCGGUGCACCCAAGUUGUCCAGUUGGACGAUGACAGGGGCUGUUAACGUGGACCCCAUGAAGUGGGAAGGGGUCAGGGAAUCGAGUAACAGACCUAGAGAGCAGGAGACGGAAGGGAGCAGCGAGGGUCAUGGACGGGCUGAAGGUGCUCCCAGGGUAGAUGGCAGAAGAAAAGGCUCUAUGGAAAAGGCCUUCGAAAUAGCAAGCAACAGUUCGGACCUCAGGAAGGCUGUGGAGGGCCUCACAAAGAACUUUUGGGCCAAAAGUACCACCGCGGUCAAAAAGUCGCGGAGGCAGGAGGUGCUCAAGUUGGCCGAGAUGGUUAUGGGGCGGCUCCCAGUCUUCCCCCUAACAAAAGGGGGGGUAGAAGGCGUAGCAGCGGCAUUAAAGGCAGCUGAACUGGCUUCUGGGGACCAGUAUCUCAACGAGCUGAAGCUGAUGCACGUGGAGGCAGGUCACCCCAUCGAAGCCUGGCUGAUGAGGGUGCUAGCGCUGUGCAAGAAGUCGCUCACAAGGAACAGAGGCCCUGUGAAAAGAGCGCCGGAGGUGACGCUGGAAUCUAUACCAUGGACGGCCUGGAGUUUAAGGGGAGGCCACAAAGUGCCGCUGGCCACGUUGGCUUUUGCCUGGGGCGUGGCUUGGAUGCUCCGGGAGAUCGAGCUCUCACGAGUCAAAUGGGAGCAUGUCUCAUGGGACAUGGUCAAAAGGACCGUGAGGCUGUAUAUUCCGCAGUCCAAGGCGGACCAACAGGGCCUCGGAGUGGCCAGGACGCUACAGUGCUGCGGGGAAUCACCUUGUUGGAGGGGGUGUGCCUGGUCCCUCCUGGUCAAGCUGAGACAACUUCGAGGCCAACUUGCUGCAGGCGACGGUAACUGCGGGAUGUUCCUGAACAACAAGGGCUCAACGCCGACAAAGAAGGAAAUGGUGGACAGUUGGAAGGAGCUGUUCAAGGUGGAUGUGGCCGGCCACUCGGCCAGACGCACUGGAGCUAUGGCGUACGUGCGGCGGGGCAUGUCCAUCAGAGACCUGGCCUACUUGGGCAGGUGGAAGUCGUCGGUCGUGUUGGUGUACGCGGAGGAAGCGCUGGAAUCCACACCGGCAAACAGAGGCCUCAAAGCCCCUGAAAUACAACGACCGAUGGUGCAGAAGGAGACGCAAGAAGCUGGAGACAGAACCCCGGCUAGGCAGCGUGCACAAGUUGAAGAAGCUCCUUGCCCGCUGGUCAGACCCAAAGCAAACUCGCUAUGGGUGAGGUCCACAGAAAGGGGUGGCAACGGUCCACUGCAUCUGGUGGAGAAUGCCGAUUGGAGCAUCCCCAUGUUCCAGUGGACGUCGGCAUGCGGGUGGGCAUUCGCAAAAGCCUCAACACACGUGGCCUUCGUCACGAACCCUGGGUUUUCGUCCACAAGAUGCAGGAAGUGUUCGACCAUGGCAAAGCUGCGCGACGAGGUCAAGGAGGGUGUCAGGCCUGCGCAGCUGAUGGCAGCUGACAUGCUGCAACUGAGCAAGGCUGAUGGCACCAG